AUGGCUUCUCAACCUAAUUCAACUACCGCUUCCUCUUCGCGGGACGCUUCUGCUCCUGUUUCUGCUAAGAAUCGUCCCCCUAGACCCCCAAGGCCAAAUUACAGACAUAUCCACCGUUUCCCUCUCCCUCUGAGUGUCCAUCCUCUGCCUCCUCUGAUCCCGCAUAAUCCCCUUUCUAUCAUCAGUGUGCUGCUCUCGUAUUUGACGUACGUCAUUGCCCCUCCGCAGGAUGAAGUCUACUCUGCCUAUUUUGAUUCAGAGGCCUCGUCAGUGCAUGUCACCGAUGAGAAGACGGUGCGUGCACUCUGGGAGAUGGGAUUUUUCGGCAAAGGAAGUCUGAGUCGAAGCGAACCUAGUUGGCUAGAACGGGAAAAGAAGCGGAGGGGCUUACUUGGGGGUGUAACAAGCGAAGAAGUUACUCGUCAACGGAGGGCCGAGCGUCGCGACUUGAAACUGGAAAGAGCAAGGAUGGAGAAGCUCGCUAUCGAGCAAAGGCUUCAAGCUGAAGCAGCUGCAAGAGAAGCUAGUACUCCACUAGACGACCAGUCCUCGCUGCCACCGUCCGCAGAUGGUGUCACCAAUGGCACAAUCCCAUCUGUAGAAAAAUUCUCUUUGAGGAAAGCGAAAGAAGCCAAAACUCUCGGUGCACAGAGACCUGUAGCACAAGAACACGAGAAUGAAGGCAAGGCCGUCCAAUUUUCCACCCCAGUCGGGACCCAAGAAUUUAUUUCAAAUCCAUCUUCUCUACACGCUCCAGAUUCAAGUGGUAAUGGGCCAGGGCCGGCGGAGGAAGCCACGUUACAAAACGAAGAGCACCUACAGCUGUCCAACGAGGAAGCAUUCUUCCUAGUAUACGGGCUCGGCGCCUUGCAUGUCUUUGACAACGAGAACCAAACCGUUCUAUCUCCUAAUUCCCUUCUCUCGCUCUUUUGUCAUCAUUCAUACUCUCCGCCUCGGGAGCCCUCUUCACAUUUGAAGACUGAUGACCCCUUUUUGGUAUCUUAUGUCGUGUACCACCAUUUCCGCUCAUUGGGGUGGGUUGUGCGUUCCGGAGUAAAAUUCGGAGUGGACUAUCUUCUUUACAACCGCGGUCCUGUUUUUUCGCAUGCAGAGUUCGCCAUCGUGGUUAUCCCAUCAUAUGAUCACCCUUACUGGUCAGAAAGCCAAGAUCGUAAGGCAGAGUGUGCCGGGAAACAGGCACGCAGCUGGUGGUGGUUACAUUGUGUUAAUCGUGUUCAAGCUCAAGUGAGGAAGAGCCUGGUUGUUUGCUACGUGGAGAUUCCCCCUCCAGCCUGCUCUGAGCUGAACUCCUCUGGGUUAGAAGCGACUAUGGAGACCCAAGAGGACAGCAUCGAUUUCGCGAGGCUGCAACGCGUCGCGCUGGGAUUAGUGAGUGACAGGUUGAUCUGUGGCAGCGAUUCUCAUACUAACCAUCCCGCAUUGGCUGCCAAGGAGGCUAUUCAGAAGUCCCCUUUCGAUCAAUGUUCCAGACCGGAAGAAGAAAAACUUAAUGCCAUAGUCUCGACGACGGAUUCCACCAAGCAAGAUCCUGAACAAACCAAACGACGCUCUAGUCCUGGCGUACAUCCUUCAAAAAUGGGCCCCGCCGACACCCUCCCCUCGGACACCCAAAUCAUUUCACAAUCGGUAUAUGAUGAGAUUAUCCGGCAAAACAAAGAAACCGGCAACAAUGUGGUGGAUAGUAAUCUUGGGGAUCGAGCAACGCUCAUGACGCUGCAUGAAGGGGAUAGCGGCCACAUUGAUCUGCUUUCUGGAUUCGAUGCUACCAACGGUGGCCACAUACCCAACACUGAUGAGGUGGACGACCAGAGCAGCUCCAAAUUAGGCGAAUCUUCUCCUAUCGUUUACGAACCCAAUUUUUUCCCUGAGUCUCAGCGGUUCAUGGUAAAGACCCCUGCGACGGCAGUCAAGCGGAGCCACAGCGAUGGUGCUGCUACGAUAUCUCCUCUGGUCUCACGCAACCCCCUGGUGCCGGACCUUGAGGUAGGUAGUGGAGUUAUGGCAUUGAGCCAGGUGUUUACAGCAACUCAAGCACCGUCUUCUCCUCUGGUCAACGGCUUGCAGUCGGAUUUUAUGUCAGACCGUCCGUCGCCGAAUAUCCCUAUCCAGAAUCGUCCAGUCGCACCCUCGCUUUCCUCUCCUUUCAACACUCUUGCAGCCACAUUCCCGCGGGACUCAUCAGAUACGCAGCUUAACUACGUCACAAUGAAAGAAUCACAAGCAAACCGAGAUAAUGUUCUGAACGAAAGACUGACGCGUUCUGCGAACCACAUAUAUUCUGAGGAUCAAAGCGACGGAGAAUUUGACAAGGAACCUAGCUUUAUUGAGCGCAUGAGACGCCAGAGGAAAAUUGAUGAAGAAGCCACUGCACAGUUUGCUACUCUUACAGCUCCCGCAAGACAGUCUAAUCGCCGCGGGAGACAAGUAAAUACAGACGCCGCGCCAGAACAGGAAAACUGGGCGGAUAAGCCCACAAUGGAUCCUGCUCCAGAAGACGAACUCCAGGGCUCCGCAUCUGAACUACAGAUUGGGGGAACUAGCGAAGAGGAGACGGAGCAAGAAGAGGACUUACCAGAACCUAUCCCUCGAUCCCAAGUGCCGAAUUCCUCGACCGAAGAGGAUAAGGAGAACUGCAAUGACCCGUCCAAUGCAGAUGUGUGCCAUGCAGCAAGUGCGCACGAUCGACUUUCACAGGCGCUUUCCUUACAUGAGAGCCCAUUACCUGACCAAGCGCUAGGUCUGGCUUUCUCAAACACACCUUCGCACUUACGCACCAAGGAUCUUGGUGGUGAACAGUUAGAUGAAAUUCAAUCAUCGCCAAUACUGGUAGUGAAAGAUUCUCAGCGCUCUCCUGGACGCAAUGAUGAUGAGCAGGCCAAUAGUGAAAUGAGGGGAGACAGUCAAGCUCUUCGAAACCUAUCUCAAUUGCCAAGUAAUCCUUCAACCAACGUGGAAAAGCGACCAUCACCGUCCCAACAUGACGAGCCUCUGUUUUAUCCUAGCCACGAUGGUCCUGUCAGUCGUGCCAGGUCAAAUUCUGUUGCCUCUGCGAAAUUAUUACACGAACAGGCCAAUACAGAGGAGGGGGCGCCUAUAUUCGACUCUCGUGGGAAAUCGUCAUCGAUGCCCUCCCGGAUCGCUGAAACACCUGUACACCACCGCCCCGAGAGCUACAAAGAUGUGACAAGCUGGAUGAGUGACACAAACAACGAAGCUGCAGACCAAGAGGAUGAUGACUUACCUCCAGUUUACCUGAGGCCCCAAGGGCGAGUGACGCAAUCACAACCAAUCAUCUCCGACAGCUCUUCCCCCUUGAAGCCUUUGCUUAAUUCAAAAAUUCUUUCAAGCCCAAGUGGAAGGCAACGCAGAGCAUUAACAGAGAUAGCGGCUGAUGCUUCGCCUCAAGUUGGGCUGGGGACAUUCGAUCUUGAUAUCAAUAUUUUGUCUGCCGAUGAUCGAGAAUUUAGAAAUGCCAUUGCAAUGUCCCCUAUUCAACCUCGCAAAAAGCGGCGAGGUAACGAUGGCCAGCAGAUAUAUGCCUCUGACCCUAUUCUUCCGGUCACUCCUCGUUCGAGAUCAUAUCUUCCCCCUCCCCGAGAGGUCGAAGAGGCUGCAUUAGAAACGGUACCACCAACUGAACUUGCCGCUGAGCUGGAAAAUUCCUUUCAGAGGCGAUCGAAACCUUCGAGGAGGGUGGGAUCUAUAUGGGAUACAGAACAUUCUCCUAAAUUUCGUGUAUCGAGCAAGGAGAGGUCUAAGAUCUUUGCCCGAUCCCUGGCGCGAGAUCGCAAACUCCCUCCCCUUCAAGAACCGGAGCCAAAAGAACCCAUGCCUGAGGUUGUUCAACCCCCCGAAGAAGCCACACCCAUUCCCGAAGUACCAACUAGCCAACUAGGAGUGGAGGAGGGCGCAUCUAACAAUGACCAACAACCCCCAGCUGACAAUCCCCGUAUUGCGCCGAAUCAAGUGUUGGCCCCGUGGAGUGGACAAAAACGAGCGUAUUAUCCGGCGACUUGCUUCGGGCUGCCAUUUGGAACCUCUCAGUCACGAUACCUCGUUAAGUUCGAGGACAGUGCUCCGAUUGAAAGACUCGAAUUUCAGGUUGGCGAUGCAGUGAAGGUAGAUAUGCCAAAUGUACCAAAGGUUACACAUAUCAUUAGAGGGUUCAAGGAUAAGCUCAGCGCGGAUGAUCUAUCAAGAGAGGCUUCUAAAGGAAUAAUUCCGGUUACUGAUGCCUUUGGUUAUUCCACCCUUAUUCUGGGACCGAAACAACGCAAGAGUCUCCCGAGUGGAGGGCUUUCCGGCCCCGAGAAUGUUAUUCACGUCCCCCUAGCCCGGGUAUACCUGGAUACUAUCCUAUGGAACCAACUCAAAGACCGAGCAUUUACCUACAAUUCUGGGGCUGAAAUCUCUGAAACUAGACAUGAAACGCCUCCUGACAGACACUCUACGCCGAUAUCCCCAAGCAUUCGCCUGUCUAGGAGCUUUCGCCACCUGAACGGGUUGUUUUCCGGUAUGCUUUUUGCGGUAUCCUAUGGGGACAACAAUGACAUGAAGACCCGCAUAACUAAGAUGAUCCUUGAAAAUGAUGGUCGAAUCUUAGAAGAUGGGUUCAAUGAACUACUUGAUCUGCCAUUGAACGCUCCCGUUGUUACACCUACUAAAUCUCCAGCACGGGGACUCACCGGAGAUGGGGUGCAUCUGCGCCUCAAGCCUGGUGUCGAGGAUGCAGGAUUUGCAUGUUUGAUUGCUGACAAGCACUCCCGUCGUCCAAAGUAUAUGCAAGCCUUGGCUCUCAAUCUACCUUGUCUUUCAGACCGUUGGGUUGAGGACUGCGUGGCCAAAGGUCAGAUUGUGGACUGGGAAAUGUACCUCCUUCCUGCAGGGGAAUCAUCGUACCUUAACGGCGCAACGAAGUCGAGGAUCCUCCCACAUUAUCAAGCCACAAAGGCCCAGUUGUCUGAAACAGUCGCAGCACGGCCGAAUCUGUUGAACGGGCAAUCUGUACUUCUUAUUACAGGGCGCAGCGGCAAAGCUGACGAGGAAAGAAGAAAAGCAUACAUCUUCCUCACAUACGCUCUGGGAGCGUCGAGGAUUGAACGUGUCCCUGAUAUUCAAUCAGCUCGUGCCCUUCUCAACCAGCGGCAGGGUGGGGGAGAAACCCCCGGUUGGGACUGGAUUUACAUCGACGACGACGACAGAGCAUCCACGAGGGCUAUAGCCCUUGCAAGUUCGACGGCAGGGGCUAUGCCAUCGAAAAAACGACGCAAAUCUAAACUUAUGGAGUCUAUUAAUGGUGACGACCUCGGAUUGAACACCAGUAUUCGAAUUGUGGGCAAUGAGUUUUAG